AAGUUUACUGGGACGGCGGGUGCAUAGUUUGAGAGUGUUGUCAGACUUGAGCCAAACUAUUUUCUCUCUCUCUUGUACGAAGAAUUCCAUCAAACUCUCAGACCAACACUUCGUGAGAAAUUAAAUAAAAAUAUUUUAAUAUUCUCUUUUUUCGUCUUCUUCUUGCUUUAAAAAAAACCAGCUUUACCUUUCCCCACACACUUCUCUAUCUCUCUCUACCACUGUUUCUCUCAUUAGCUAUUUGCAGGGUUUUUCUUCUUCUUCAGUGAUUUUGAUCAGCUUGAAAAUAUCCUAGCCAUGGACAUAGCUAAAUGGCCUCUUCAGUGAUUUUGAUCAGCUUGAAAAUAUCCUAGCCAUGGACAUAGCUAAAUGGCCUCAGAAGGAAUUUAUUGUGAAGCCAAUGAACGAGACAUGCUUGAAACAGCCGAAUCCUGCUGCUGCUCCAGUGGAGGAGAAGAAGGCAAGACCGGAGAAAUAUCAUGCUUUGAACUGUCCAAGAUGCAACUCCCUUAACACCAAGUUCUGUUACUACAACAACUACAGCCUCACUCAGCCCAGGUACUUCUGUAAAGACUGCAAGAGAUACUGGACCCAAGGUGGCUCUCUCAGGAACAUCCCCAUCGGCGGUGGCGUCCGGAAAAACAAGAGAUCUUCCUCUUCCUCUUCUUCCAAUUCCAAUUCCGCUUCCUCUUCAAAGAAAACUCUUUCUGUCAACAACAAAACGCCACCACCACUUCAACAGCUAAACCUUAAGACUGUUGAGAAUGACCACGUGGCUAAAGCGUGUUCUCAUGGUUUUGGUAACGCCCACGAGGCCAAAGAUCUCAACUCGGCGUUUUCUCAAGGGUUUGAGAUUGGUCAUCAUCAUCAUCAUCAUCAUCAAAGUAUUCCUGAGUUUCUGCAAGUAGUACCCAGCAGUAUGAAGAACCACACAUUUGUAUCAACCUCGUCGGCUUUGGAGCUUUUAGGGAUCUCCAAUUCCUCAACCACCUCCUCUAACUCAAGCCCUGCUUUCGUGACCUAUCCUAACGUUCAUGAUUCUUCGGUGUACACAGCAGCAUCACCUGGGUUUGGUAUGAGUUACCCACAGUUUCAAGAGUUCAUGAGACCACCUUUGGGGUUCUCUCUUGAUGGUGGGGAUUCUCUACAUCUAGAAGAGGGGUCCAGUGGCACUGACAAUGGAAGGCCUUUGCUGCCUUUUGAGAGCCUGAAACUUCAUGUUUCAUCAUCAAGCACCAAUAGUGGUGGUGGCAAUGGGAAUGAUCAUGAGCGUGAGAAAGAAGAAGGAGAAGCUGACAACUCUGUUGGGUUUUGGAAUGGCAUGUUAAGUGCUGGUGACUCGGCUGCCUCUGCUGGUGGACCAUGGCAAUAAUUAUAGUCAAGGAGAGUUUCUUAGAAGAGAAAAAAAAAGAGAAGUCUUUAAAUUUUUCAUCCAAAUUUAGAAGAUGAAGGUUAACUAAGUACCAUCUGGGUGUUUACCAUCUUUAACUUUGUUGGGUUGGGGAUGGAUGGCUUUGUAUUAUUAAUAUUAUUAUCGAACCCCAGUUGUUAGUUAUCUAAAAGUUUAUGGGUUAUGUUUGUUUUAGUGCCGAAUGGUGUACAUCUCAAGUGAAAUAACUGUAGUGUAAUUAAAGACUGUUGUACCAAUAAUUUUGCUGCUAUCAGAGGCGAGAAGUGGGCAUUACCCUCUUUUUAGACA